AUGCCACACAUAGUUGAAACAAUACCUCAAGCAAUCAAGAUAGCUGUUCUGGGCGCAGCAGGCGGUAUUGGACAGUCAUUGUCCUUACUGCUGAAGACCCAGUUACGGUCGACCAGUCACGUGCACCUCGCUCUGUACGACGUCAACGCGGACGGCGUUAAUGGUGUGGCCGUUGACCUGUCACAUGUCGACACUCCGGUGACGGUUUCCGCACACUCUCCUCAGACGAACGGCAUGAUGGAGUGCCUUGCUGGUGCGGAUUUGGUGCUUAUCCCCGCAGGCGUUCCCCGCAAGCCUGGUAUGACUAGGGACGAUCUGUUUGCGAUCAACGCUAAGAUCGUGACGUCAUUGGCAGACAGCGUGGCACAGCACUGUGAUCUCGGCCGCACUUUUGUGCUGGUGAUCUCGAACCCUGUGAACUCUCUGGUGCCAGCGUUCGUGGAGAGGCUAGCUCAGCGCGUGCCAGAGGGCAUUGACGCGUCGCGUCGCGUCCUUGGUGUCACCAACUUGGACGUGAUUCGUGCCUCGGCGUUUUUGCAUGAGUUGGCAAUAGCCGCCCAUUACAAGCCCCGGGACAACGAGAUGCCCCGGGUUCCUGUCGUGGGUGGACACUCCGGAGAGACCAUCGUUCCUUUGUUUUCGCUGGCAGACCAGGCUUUCCCACUGACCAAGGAUCAGUUGCAACAGCUGGUGCACCGUGUACAGUACGGUGGUGAUGAAGUGGUGCAGGCAAAGAACGGGGCGGGUUCCGCCACGCUCUCGAUGGCUCACGCCGCGUUCAAAUGCGCACAGGGCUUUGUGGCACUAUUGGGUGGUGAGCAGGAAGAGUACCAAGGUACAUACUACGUUUCACUGUUGGAUCGCGUGGGACAGCCUAUUGGAGCCGGUGCAGGUAAGCUACUGGCGCUUGUGGAUGGCUGUUCGUAUUUCGCAGUGCCUGUGUCUGUGACAGUGGGCGGAGGAAUAAGAGAUGUGGAUUAUAAAGUGGUACAGGCGAUGUCCGAGUACGAGCGGACUUCGAUGCUGCCGCUGUGUUUUGCAAAAUUGAAGAAUGGCAUCCAGGCGGGCCGGGAUGCAAGCAUUGUUUAG